AGUAUUGAGGAGGCUACUCCGUUUCUUAGCAGAGAAGUCAUCGUUGUCAAAACCACCUGCUUCGGUCCUAAGCAAAAUCGCAGCAUAAAUCGUUCCGUUCUGCCUCCUGGUCCGAUCAUCUCUUCCUCCUUCCUCUCUUCGCUCUUCCCGGCUGAGGCAGGGGCCGACGAGAUCCGAACAGCGAGAGGACGCCCACGACCACCAUGGCACGGAUGGUCGGCAACGUGAGGGAAUCCGAAGGAAGAGAGAACAGCACCGAGAUCCAGGAGCUCGCUCGCUUCGCCGUCGACGAGCACAACAAGAAACAGAAUGCGCUUCUGGAGUUCGCGCGUGUUGUGAAGGCGAGGGAGCAGGUUGUCGCUGGAACUCUGCAUCACUUGACCGUGGAGGCAAUUGAGGGAGGGGAGAAGAAGCUGUACGAGGCCAAAGUGUGGGUGAAGCCAUGGCUUAAUUUCAAACAGGUUGAAGAAUUCAGGCAUGUUGGCGAACAAGGUGAUUGAAGAGUUUGCUAAGAGUCCAUGUUCGAAGCCCCCUACAAGAACCUUGGAGCAAAUAAGAUGUAGCAGGAGCAUAUGCAGCCUACAUUGUGAUCUCUCUAUAGAAAAAGUUCUACUCUUAAUUUCCCUUAAUACUGGAUAUGAUACUUAGUAAACUAAGUUCUUGAGUAAAUAAAAAAAUAUUUAAGUAUUAAUGAAGUGCAGAUGGUUUGAUA